AUGCUGUUGAAAUCUCUUCUGCCCGCAGCGGCAGCCGUCCACAUGGCUGCUGCGCAAGAGCUUAUGCGCUUCGGAUGCUCCCAGCUUACUAUCGACAGAAUCGACCCGCUGGUAGAGCCGGGUAAUAUGCCCUCGGCACACAUGCACCAGAUCAUCGGCGGAAAUUCUCUUAACGCUUCCAUGAAACCUAACGACCACGACCCGCCUACGGUCUCCACUUGUACUAGUUGUACCUAUUCCGAAGACUUUUCCAACUACUGGACGGCCAACCUAUAUUUCCGGGCUCGCAACGGCACCUAUAAACGAGUACCACAGUUUGCCAACCUAGGACUUAACGUCGAGGCCGGCAUGACUGUCUAUUACAUCCGUGGUUACCAGCCUAAUGCCAAAGUUACUGCAUUCCCGCCGGGCUUCCGAAUGCUUGUCGGCGAUCCGAUGAACAGACAAGCCAGCACAAUGCAGAAGGGCCUCUGCUACCGAUGUGAAGUUAAUAUGGCCCAGAAUCCAUUCGGGGGCGCCCCUUGCACAGGGUCAGACACGCAAGCGUUCCCCAAGGACGCAUGCGGUGGAGGAUGGCGAGUAUCUGUGCAUUUCCCAUCAUGUUGGGACGGCAAGAACUUAGAUUCGCCCGACCACAAGUCCCACGUGGCGUAUCCUGCUUCGGGAACGUUCGAGAGCGGUGGUGCUUGUCCUUCAACCCACCCGGUCAAGAUCCCGCAGAUCAUGUAUGAGAUCAUGUUCGACACACGUGCUUUCAACAACAAGGCCGAGUGGCCUGCAGAUGGGUCUCAGCCGUUUGUAUGGAGUAUGAACGACACCACAGGAUAUGGCCUGCACGGCGAUUAUCUGUUCGGUUGGAAAGGCGACGCCCUCCAGAGGGCUAUGGAUGGAAAGUGCUCCGGCGACCGCUGCUCGCCGCUGCAGAGACAGACAGACCAGGCUGCCGUAGACUGUGUCAAGUCGCAAAGUGUUAAGGAAGAUAUUGGUGACGACUGGCUCCCUGGUCUCCCUGGCUGGUAA